AUGGCUUUCAGGUCAAAGGAAGGUGUGUGGCUGGCAGGGUCCUGGCUGGGCCUGUGCAAGGUGAGAGCCCUGGGCACCAGUGCAGCUCUGGGUGCCAAGGCAGUGCUGCCCUUYGAAGCCAUACCCCAGUGUGCAGGCAACAAGUGGCUGAGGGUGCUACAGAUCUGGAAGGAGCGGGGCCAGGAGAACUUGCACCUGCAGAUGCACCGGGCUUUCCAGGAGCUGGGACCCAUUUUCAGGUAUGAAGUGGGAAGAACACAGAUAGUAUCUGUGAUGCUGCCUGAAGAUGCUGAGAAGCUGCAUCAGAUGGAGAGCCUGCAGCCCUGGCGGCAGCCCCUGGAGCCCUGGAUGGUCUACAGAGAGCACCGUGGACAGAAGCCCCUGGGCGUAUUCUUGCUGAAUGGAGCUGAAUGGAGAUUCAACCGGCUGCGGCUGAAUCCAGUCGUGUUGUCAGGAAAGGCCGUGCAGAAGUUCAUCCCCAUGGUGGACGAGGUGGCAAGAGACUUCUCCGAGGCCCUGAAGAAGAAGGUGCUGCAGAAUUCCCGGGGCAGCCUGACCCUGGAUGCCCAGACCAGCAUCUUCCACUAUACCAUCGAAGCCAGCAACUUUGCUCUUUUUGGAGAGCGGCUGGGCCUCUUUGGCCCACACCAGAACGCUGGCAGCCUGAAGUUCAUUCAUGCGCUGGAGGCCAUGUUCCAGUCCACUGCUCAGCUCAUGUUCCUGCCCAAGAGCCUGUCCCGCUGGAUGAGCUCCCAGGUGUGGCAGGAACACUUUCAGGCCUGGGACUACAUCUCUGAGUAUGCCAACAACUGCAUCCAGAAGGUGCAUCAGGAACUUGCACGCAGCUUCCCUCAGGACUACAGUGGCAUUGUGGCUGACCUGAUCUUCCAAGGGGACUUGUCACUAGAUGCCAUCAAGGCCAAUACUAUUGAACUCACAGCAGGGAGUGUGGACACGGUCAGGGCACCAAUAUACCUGGCAUUGAGAGAGGAUCACUUUGAUUCCCCAGAAAUUUCCUUUGAUGCUGAAUUGCCCACAACCCCUAAUCGAGACCCUGCUUCUCUGAAGCUAUAUUGCUGUUAA